UCAUGUACUUACCAGAGAAUCGUCGAGUUCUAGAUGAGAAGAAGACGAAGACGAAGACGAAGACGAAGACGAAGAAAAAGAAGAAGAAGAAGGACGGAGGAUAGUGCGUUGAGGAUGGUAAGACUCGAGGAGACAGAUGCACUUGGCACUCUCGGCGUGCAGCACGCCUUGGCUGACCAGCGUAGUCAUACACGGCGCUGCCAGCGAUAGGAGCAGCUGUUUCCAGGCUGGAGCGCUUUCAAACUCGGUUCAGUCUCGCUGCGACCGCCGACGCGGUCGGAUCGUCGCAUUUACGUAUUUUACGUUUUACGACGGUCUUCAUCUUCUUCUUCUCCUUUUUCUUCUUCUUCUUCUUCUUCCUCUUCCUCUUCUUCUUCCUCCUUCACCUUCUUCUCGUGAUUUCUUCUAACUCGUUAACCUGAAUAUAUAUAUAUAUAUAUAUAUAUAUAUACAUAUAGGAACAACGUGUUAGUCACUGUUUACCUCUUCCUCGCAUACAUCUGUAAAUUAACUUUCUCGAGUUAAUUGUAAAUUUAUUUUUCUUUAUUUUCUUUCUUUCUCCCUCCUCCUCUCCCCGGCCCUCUCCCUUUCAUUUUGCUGGCCCUUUUUUCUCUCUUUCUUUCUUUCGUGUAAAUCAUCAUCAUAGUCAUCAUCGUCAUCGUCGUCGUAAGGUUGGCCCCAUUUAGUCGGCAAAGAGCGCGGCGAGACGAAGAUACAUCGUCGAAAACCGUAAGAGAGAUCGAGAGACAUUUCCACAGAGAAAGACAGAUUUGGUAAAAGCAAAUAGUCAAAGAAGAAGAAGAAAAAGAAGAAGAAGAAGAAGAAGAAGAAGAAAAGGAAGAAGAAUAAGAAUAAGAGGAAAGGAGAAGAGGGGGAAAGAAAAAGGAGACACAAUUCGUCGAAUAUUCCGGUCGAAGUCGUCCAGCCAUGAUAUGACACUCGAGUGAAGCGAGCUCUCUGUAAGCGACAGGCAGCCAUCAUGAGGAUAUUACUUCAGCUUCUGACCGUCCUCCUGUUGGGCGUCAAUGCCAGACGAAGGGACAGCGAGGGGCCUGCAGACGACAUCUUUGGUGCACAGCGUCGUGCCACUCAGCACAAGAUUAAUUACAACAACAAUAACAACAACAACAACAACAAUGAUAACAACAACAACAACAACAACAAUAAUGGUCAAGCAUUGAAUUCUCCGUACUUGCCCUAUCAACAACAGCCAAGGGAAAGGAAACCCAAUAUCGUAUUGAUCUUAACGGACGAUCAAGACGUCGAGCUUGGUUCGCUGAACUUCAUGCCGCGGACCCUAAGGCGAAUAAGGGACGAGGGAGCCGAGCUGAGACACGCAUACGUGACCACUCCCAUGUGUUGUCCAAGUCGGAGUUCCUUACUGACCGGCCGUUACGUUCACAAUCACGAGGUCUUCACGAACAACGACAACUGCAGUAGCCCCCAGUGGCAAAGAGAUCACGAACCGCACUCCUUCGCCGCUUACCUGAGCAACGCAGGAUAUCGUACCGGAUACUUCGGUAAAUAUUUGAACAAGUACAACGGCUCGUACAUACCGCCUGGCUGGCGGGAAUGGGGUGGUCUGAUAAUGAACUCGAGAUACUACAACUACAGCGUCAACAUGAACGGGAAGAAGAUAAAGCACGGUUUCGAAUAUAGCAAGGACUAUUAUCCGGAUUUAAUAGCUAACGAUAGCGUUGCGUUUCUACGGCAAAGCAAGCAUAAUUUCGCCCGCAAACCGGUAAUGUUGGUUGCAAGCUUUCCGGCGCCUCAUGGACCAGAAGAUUCCGCGCCGCAAUUCUCGCAUCUCUUUUUCAACGUCACCACUCAUCAUACGCCAGCUUACGAUUAUGCACCGAAUCCAGACAAACAGUGGAUUCUCCAAGUCACUCAGAAGAUGCAGCCUAUACACAAACAGUUUACGGAUCUCUUGAUGACCAAGAGACUGCAGACUUUGCAGAGUGUCGACGCAGCGGUCGAUAGAAUCUAUCAGGAAUUGAAAGAUUUGGGAGAGCUGGACAAUACUUACAUAAUUUAUACAUCCGACCAUGGUUAUCACUUGGGACAAUUUGGUCUUAUCAAAGGCAAAAGCUUCCCAUUCGAGUUUGACGUCAGAGUACCUUUUCUCAUAAGAGGACCCGGCAUAGAACCUGGAUCCGUAGUAGACGACAUAGUUUUAAACAUUGAUCUGGCGCCGACCUUCCUGGACAUCGCCGGCGUCGAGACACCACCGCAGAUGGAUGGCCGAUCUUUCAAGAUGCUUUUUCUAAAUAAUAAGCGCGGUAGAAGGCCGAAAAUAAAAUGGCCAGAUACAUUUCUAAUCGAAUCGUCGGGUCGUCGGGAGACCCCAGAGUCCAUUGCUGAAUCGAAAGCACGAGAAGCGAGAAGGCAAAAUGCAACGAUUACGAGACAAAUGCAUGGUACACAGAACGAGGAGGUUGACGAUAUUACCGAAACCGAUGAUCCUGAGAUCGAUCGUCGAUUUAUAGAAAAUGAUACGGGAAGUGAUCAAGAUAUUUCCGAAGAUGAUUUUGACGAGUCGAUUAUCGAUGAGACAAUAGCUCCGGAAUUGCAUUUAGACAACAGAGUGCAUCCUGUUCAAUCGCCGUACUCAUCGAAACACGAACGUCUUGCAAUUGAAUGUUCAAGACCGGAAGCACAAGGUGAUUGCGUGCAUGGUCAAAAGUGGCGUUGCGAGAGAGACGGUCAUCGUUGGAGAAGACACAAAUGUAGAUACGCUAUACCACCGCCUAUACAAAGGACGUCGAAAAAGUGUGCAUGUUUCACGCCUCAGGGAUUGGUUUAUACUAGAUUGGAGACUAAUGAUUUUGAUAUGUCAAGAUAUGGAUUUGGGAGAGAUCGAAGACCUUUAGAUCCUUAUGGCGAAACGACUGGAUAUUUCAUGAAACGAGGUAAAAGAGAUACAUCCGAGAUGAACGAUGAACUCGAGGAAGAGGAUUUAGAUGAUAUAAGAGAUAGACGAGCUAUAGACGAGGAAGAUGACGAUGAAUUCCUUCAGGAUUUGGAUAUCCUUAAAAAAGAUAUUCACGAGGACGAUUAUCUCUUCAGAAAUGCCUAUCGUAAUUAUACGCGAGUAACGCGGAUCGACAUGGAUGAUGAUGAUGAUGAUGAUGAUGAACAUAAGAGCAACGUAGAAAAAAAAUUAUGGGAUGAUCGUCCGAUUUCAAGUUACUCGAUUAACGAUUUCGAUCCUAGUUUAGAUAAGAUCGUAAAAGGUCGAUUAAAUGUCGAAGAUGUGAUCAAGAGACAUAGAAGAGUGCGAAGGAGCGCAACGAAGAAGGAUACGAUUGAACACGUUACACAGAUAAUGGAAAGUAUAGAGGAAGAAUUGGAUGAUUUAAAACAAACACAUGCACGUCAUUCUACCUCACCACGAGUAACUUUACCAUCCAAAUGUUCGGUACUUCCCGAAGGUGGAGUGAAUUGUAGCGAAGCUAUUUAUCUGGAUCCGAACGAGUGGAGAAUAUCCAGACGAAAGAUCGAACAACAAAUUAAAGAGAUGAGAAUGCAGUUGGAGACACUAAAGGAAAUACGUCGACAUUUAAUGAUGAAACGUCCCCAAUUCAUUCCGGACAAUGAGGAUGAGUCUGUCGACCCAGAGGAACCACAUGUUUCUCAUAAACCACAUUAUCAUACUUCUAAGAAUCAUACUAGCAGGCAUCACAAAAAACACGAGAAAGGACCCCAUACGAAUUCGAUUAACGUGACCACUACGACGACUCAUCGAUCUACUUCAAAGUCAACUCAGUUUUCUACCAUUGAAAAAGACUCGACGAUUCACGAGGAUAAUAUAAAUAAAUAUAACGUUACUCAAGGAGAAAUUUCGAUUAAUGAAAGAGAUUCUACUUUGGAAUUAUUCGGCACGACUACUACUACUACUAUGUUACCAAAAUCAAAAAAAAUUCCACGUCGACAAAAAAUCAAAGAACCAUCUAAUAAUACUACCGAUAGCGAAGACAAUAAACAACAAAGACGUAGAAAAUUUUCUUAUCAUCGAAAGAACAAUAAUACUCUUCUUACCAAUAGCGUUCACGAUGACGUCCCACCAAGUCAGAAUGUAAAUGAUAAUAUUGGAACUGUUACUCCUAGCCAAGAAGAUGUAACUUUCAAUCAAAGAACACAAUAUAGAUCAAAUAAAUCGACUAAUGUUCCAAUCGUCUUUACCAGUGUUCACGAUGGCACUCAAGAUAAUUAUAGAAGUAACAAUGUAAAUAACAAAUUAACGACGACCGAACUAACGUCACAACAUGGAUCAUCGUUCGUAACAGAAACACCAGGUUCGAUUGGAACCGUCGAGUUUGGUACACCAGUGUUCAAACCGACUGUAUCUACCGCACUAAAUCAUCCUACUUCAACUACUAAGAGCGAAACUACUGGUAUAACUAGUUCAACAAUACAAUUAAACGUACCAACUACAAUUCCUCCUGCAAAGAAAUUACCCAAAGUACAAAAGAACAAAACGAGUACUAUUUUGGGACCAGCUAGAAUAGAUGUCACCAUUUUAGAGACUCCAGAUAGAAAACAUAAACAAGGUAUAACAGCGACAAAUAAUAAUGGUCGUUUACCGCCAUUACUAAACAGUCCUUUAGAAGCACGUCACAAGUGCUAUUGCGAACCUGAUUCGUAUUCGAAGAAAGAUGAAAAAGAGAUCGCUAGAGAGGAAAGGAGACGGUUAAAGGAGGAACGACUUAAGAAGAAAGAACGCAAACUUAAGAAAAAGGCUAAGCUUGAAAAGGAUUGUUUGACUGAAAAGAUGAAUUGCUUCGAGCAUGACAAUGAUCAUUGGCGCACUGCUCCUUUGUGGAAUGCAGGGCCAUUCUGUUUUUGCAUGAAUGCUAACAACAAUACGUAUUCGUGUAUACGUACUAUUAACGUAACGCAUAAUUUCCUUUAUUGUGAAUUCACUACAGGUUUGGUGACUUUUUACAAUUUAAGAAUCGAUCCGUUUGAACAAUGGAACAGAAUAUCGAUGUUGACACCGUCAGACAGAUCUUAUCUUCACGAUCAAUUGGAACAUUUGAAAGGUUGUAAAGGAACGCGAGAUUGUACAGUAGGAAGUGCCAGAGAGACAAUGCCUCAAUUUCAACAACAUCAAAAAUAUAUAUCUAAGAGAAAGUAUAGUAAUACGUUUGAGGAUUUAUUUGUGCCAUCAGCCUUACAAAUUAUUCGAGAAAGUGAACUCGGUAGUCCGCCUAAUAAGAGACGAAAAAAAUUACCAAGCGUUUGGAACAGGCGAAGUCGAAGUUGGCAAAGUAACUUCAGACAUCAUGAAGAUGCAACAACGGCUUCACGACGUCACAGACAUCAGUAUUGGUAAAUUUAUUUUUAUUUUUUACUAUUUUAUUUCAUUUUUUUUUCUUUUUUCUUUUUUUUUAUUUUUUUUUUUUUUUUAUUUUUUUUUUUUUUUAAAUUUCAACUUUUUCUUCAUAACAGUGUGACAAAUUGCCUUAGAAAUGUAAUUAAUAUCGCAAUGCAUUUAAUAAUGUAAUUUAUUUUGUUAUAUUAGUGACAAAAAUUAUGAUAUUUAAUUAAAACUAUUUGAAGUUCAUUCAAUUUUUAUCAUGCCACGCAAUGGAAUAUUAAUGAUCUGCUUUAUCUUGAUAAAUGUCUUAAUCAUAUAGGAUACGUACAUAGAACUGUUGUAAUAUUAUUUGCAGAAUUAUCUGUGCUACAUUAUAAAAAAAAAAAAAAAAGAAAAAGAAAGAAAAAAAAAGAAAAAAAAAAUUGGAAAAAAAAUUUACUUUUAAGAAAUAUCAUUUUUUUAAUUUUUGAUAAAUUAAACUUGAAUACUAUUGAAGUUCAAUCUAAUAAAAUGAACUAAUCGUUUAUAUUAAAAAUACUUAAAGAAAAAGAAAUAAUCAACUUUCGGAAAUAACUCUAAUACAGUUCUAAACAAUAAAAAUGGCUAUUCAAAAGGAGCUAGGUACUCUUAUAUGGUUUAUCCGAAAUUUUAUUAAAUUGAAAGUAACAAACGCUCUUAUAAUGCACUGCCAAUUUUUCUUAAUACAAUCAUCUUUUAUUAAUAUUUUUAAAUGAAUAUUUAGAAAGAGGAUAUGUAUAAGAUUUGAUCACUGCGGCACAGCUGUUAUACUAUCCUAAGACUGUGUACAUUUAUUGAUAUAUAUAAGCAAGAAAUUUUUUGUACAACUAGCUUCACAAAAACGGCUUUCUUACUUCAAUUAUAUGAGAUCAACAUUUAUGUUUAAUAAGUAGAAAUAAAUUAUAUUGUUUAUAUACUCUAAACUUCAUUCUGUUAAAAUUGAUAUUACUACAAUGGAUGAAUGUUUAAUAAAAAGUUAGGAUACUGGUAUGUACUAAGGAAAAAAAAA